GCUGUCUGAAAAGGAAUUCGAAAAACGAAGUAUUAAUAAACUCAAUACGAUACACGGGCCACCCAGCUCUGGAAAAUCGUUCUUCCUUGAUGCCAUUGCAGAAUUAUGCCUAGCCUCUCGCUCUGGUGAUUGUGACAAAAAGGAAUGGGCCGACAACAUCCUCCGUAUUACUUUACCCAGUGAUGUUUCGGCUGAGCUUAAUAUUCAUAUUACACCGGAAGAACGAAACCAAUUUCUAGAUGAGCUUUUGAAUCGUACUGUAGUUGUUCCUAUUACCUACAUUUCACGAACUUCUAAGACGUCAUUUGAUGACAAAAAUCCUGAGGCUGGUGUUGCAUUUCUAAUGCUUUUUUCAAUUGCCUCUGAGUGCAUCUUGAGUUAUCAACCAAAUAUCAAUUUAGAUGGAAGUCAAAAGCCAUGUCGCAUUUUCUUGUUAUUGGAUGAACUUAUAAAGUGCUGUUAUAAAGAUGGCCAAUUUGAACCUCAGAUUAAUACAAGUCUCACAGCAAUUGACGGUAAUUCCAACACGAUGGCCUCAUUUUCAUCCAUCGUUACCACAUUGGAGUUCGAAUCGUUUCAAAUGUUGGUGAACGACUGCAAUGGUCAUCCCCUCACACUUCAAAUCUUGGCAGAAGAGAUCACACAGCACAAGUGGGGACCUUCUGAGUGUUACCAUCGGAUGUUGAAUGAUCUAUUAGCAGAUAUUGAACGGGUAUCACGAAUGGGAUUGACACCGACACUGUAUCAAAUUAUCCCAGCUAUCCUUAAUCAGAGGGUCGGUCCGGAGAAAUAUGGCUAUAAGCUUCAGAAAACGUACACUGAUUUGAUAACAGAAGGAUCGUAUAUGAACUCGCUCACAUAUGGAGACACAUUCAUUCCUAACAUCUCUCCGAUAGCCUUAUAUGCUGGAUUUGAACAAAAUUGCUAUUUCGAAUCAUUUGAAAAGGUUCACGCUGGUUGGGAAGCUCUAAAGCGUACUAUCCUGGCAAUCCUUGUUGAAGACGGAUAUUAUAAAUAUAAUUCUUUUUCGCUCAGCAGUUUUUAUAACACGAGCAUUCAAUAUAACGCUAAUGAAUUCAAUCCUGAAGCGUUCCAUUUCAUGCCUCGAAAAUGCAAGGUGGUUAAUCUUGGACAUCACUGGCCCGGAAAUUUUGAUAUUCAAGAUAAUACAUUCACUCCCGACCUCGAAUUCGUGUAUCUACCAGCAAAUAAUAAUCGUGGAUUUGAUGUUGGUGUGGUUGUGCAACAAACACCAGCAGCUUCCAAGGUUGUUACAGCUAUAGAACUUCGAUUUUCCGACCCGAAAUCAAAAACUAGUUGCGGUCUUAGUGAAAUUAAGCAAAAAUGGGAAAUGACUUUAGCAGAAUUUCGUGCUCAUUUUUCUGGUGGAACUAAAAAAAAUAGCGGCAUCGGUCGAUUAAAUUUAGAUGAGACAAAGUUAUGUCUAGUUUUUGCUUGCUAUCGUAACCUCAAUAAUAAUAUUUCGUCAGAAAAACUACCAGCAAGAGUAAUAGUUGUUGAUAAAGAUGGAUUGAAAAAGCUAUAUGGAUGUACUCUCAGCAACAGGCCUCAAUUUCUUCUUGGUAUUUAA